CUCUCUUGCCGACAAGUCACGGAACCUUGGAUCCACAUCUUUCCAAGCCAUCGAGACAGCGUCCACAGAACAAACCGAUCUCAGCGAUCUCACUGCAAUCUCCAACUCCAACUUUCUCGUCCCAUGGCUGCUUUCCCAGUCGGCCAUUCUCUUCACAUCACUCACGGCAAUCCUCUCCGCCCGAACAAGCCCACACCAAAAGCCAAAGUCUCCCUAUGUUGCCGAAGCCACCUCCCAUCCGGGCCUCCAGGAAGCAGUGAAGAGAAGCCAGUGACAAAAGCUAGUAAGAACAUGGAGGAGAAGAGAUGGUGGCGAUUGUUAUUGGAGCUCUACGGUGAGGCUGGGAAGGUAGGGAGGGAGUUCAAGGAGAGCCUGAGCCCAAAGCACAAGGGAGAGUGGAAGGACCUGGUGCUGAUGAGCUUCUCCUUUGCUGUUUAUGUCUACGUCUCUCAGGAGAUUGUCUGUGCUUAUUGUGCUUGGGUGUUGGCGUGCUUGUAUUACUGAAGUAAGAGAUAUAGAAGAGCAGCAUACAUUUGCUAAUGAGAACUACGUGAAGAGGAACCUUAUAGGAUUCUCUGAACUCUAUGCAUCUGGUUUUGAUCUUGGUCAUUUCCUUAGUAUAAAAGAAGGCAGAAAAUAAUUAGGUGGAAAAAGACUUCAAGUGAUCCAGAAAAAUUGGAGAUAAAACAAUGGUGCAAGAAAACAGAGCAAUGCACUGCGCGGUGGAUUGGUUUUUUUGAAAAGACAUUCUAAUAUAUCUAUAAAGGAGAUUUGCUAGACUAUUUCAAGUAAUUUUGAAUUGAUAACAUCUUAUGAUAGAUAUCAUUCACUAUUUGAUUUCGUUUUUGGAAGUUACAAUAUAA